AUGUAUGUAUACAAAAAGGAAGACAUCAACCUCCCUAGUGCUUUUCUAGAGGAAGUCUUAAAAGUCUCAGGUAUGCUGCUUUUGUUGCUAUUUCUGUUUGUUAUUACGGUGAGUCAUCAAACACCAUGUCAAAUAUGUGUAAUACUCAAUCUCGAAAAAACACUUUCACAUCUAUGGUACUGUAUAUGACAUAUUACAAGUUUAUAAUCCCCCCAUAAAUGUAUUUUCAUUUAUAUUCUAGGUCUCCUGCCAACCACUGUUGCCCCAACAACCACCACCACCACUGUGGCUUCCACUACGGCAAUUAAAACUGCAGGUCCUCCAACAACAACCACAAUUGUACUUCCUACAACGACAACUGCAACUUUGACCUCAACUUCUAUGUCUUCAGUGACAUCAACAACUAGGUAAGCAAGAUAAUUUAGUAUAAUUAUUUUAUGCAAUUCAAUUAACACUUUGUCAAUCAAGGAACCUUUGAAACGAAGAAGCAUGUAUAUCCGUGCUUGUGUCGUUAACUACUGAUAUUUUCAUAAAGCAUUCAAAAUGUCAGCCUUUCUUUAGAAAAGCUCUUUGAGUACCUCAGUUGGUAGAAGGGCGCUAUAUAAAUCCAAUCUAUUGUUAUUAGUGUGCUUGCUGAAGGCAAGACCACCAUAUUUCCUACAUACUUCUUCUAAUUAUUUGAUUAAUUUAGCCCGCUCUAGCACUUAAACGCUUCAAGCUAUGAACACGGAACCAAAUUAGAUUACUUGAGAAUUUUUUUUUUUGCAUUAAUACCUUUAGUCCUACAACAAUAUUUAAAUCAGCUCCCAAUGCAUUUCAACACCAAACCAACAUUGAUAUUUUCAGACUGACCCAACUUAGAUUGCUUUUAUUCAGCUUUUUUAUACUAUUUAUACUUGUUGAACUAUAACCAUUUUAAAGUUGCAUAAAAGCUCCAUAGGCUUUAAUGAGAAAUGUUUGGUUUCGCCACUUCUCUUGAACUAUUUAUGCUACAAAGACCAAACCAACGUUGAAAUGUACAGACUGACCCAUAUUAGAUUGCUUGUCAAAAGCUUCAAAUAUUCUAAAACUUGUAUGAACCGUAAUGAUAUAAUUUGCAUAAAUUAGCAUAACACUUCAUGGAUUCAAUGCCAAUCAUGGGAACACAGUGGUAAACAUUUAAAAUGCUGCUGCUCCUUAACCAUUUCAGCUACAAACAUUUAAAACAACUUUAACAUUUUCAAAACGUUAUAAACUAUACGAAUUCAAACAAGUAUAAACUAGCAUAUAAUAACCUACCAACAAUAAUAGUAACUCUUGAACCAUUCAAGCUAGAUGUCAUCUUGUGAGGUGGAUGUGGGGUGAAGUCAGGCGCAGGACACCGAAGCUAAGUCCAAAAGUUUAAUAAAGACAGAUCCCAAAAACAAGGCACGGCCUCUAAACAAAGGAGGCGGAAUAAUGCGCAAUUACGCAAAACAUGCGUAAAAUACACAGAACACAAAACCCUACACGAAAACACACACGACAGGCGAAAUAACAACACACAACUAAUCCAUACAAACACAGGGAACUUAUAGGACACCUAAUCAUCACAAAUCAGACACAGGUGCUAAGGACAGACAAAAGCAAUCACACAUGGAAUCAUCCAACGAUGGCAGCUAGUACUCCGGGGACGGCGAACGCCUUUGCCUGCCCGAACCAGGAGGAGGAGCAGUCUCGGCUGAAACCGUGACAGUACCCCCCCCUUGACGCGCGGCUCCAGCCGUGCGCCGACCCCGGCCUCGGGGACGGCCAGGAGGACGCGGACCCGGGCGCGUGGGAUGCCCAUGGUGGAAUUCUGUCAGGAGGGAUGGAUCGAGGAUGUCCCUCCUGGGCACCCAGCACCGUUCCUCCGGACCGUACCCCUCCCACUCCACGAGAUAUUGGAGACCACUCCUCCGGCGCCUGGAGUCCAAGAUGGUCCGGACCCUGUACGCCGGGACCCCCUCGAUGUCCAAAGGGGGUGGAGGGGUCUCUCCUAUCUCUUCCUCUUGGAGUGGGCCAGCUACCACCGGCCUGAGAAGAGACACAUGGAACGAGGGGUUAAUAUUUUUAUACUCUAUAGGUAGUUGUAACCUGUAACACACCUCGUUCAAUCUUCUCAGGACUUUGAAGGGCCCCACAAACCGCCGACCCAGCUUCCGGCAGGGCAGGCGGAGGGGCAGGUUUCGAGUCGAGAGCCAGACUCGAUCUCCCGGUGCGUACACCGGGCCCUCACUGCGGUGGCGAUCGGCGCUCGCCUUCUGUUGACGGAUGGCACGCUGCAGAUGGACAUGGGCAGCGUCCCACGUCUCCUCCGAGCGCCGAAUCCACUCGUCCACCGCAGGAGCCUCGAUCUGGCUCUCGUGCCAUGGCGCCAGGACCGGCUGAUAACCUAAGACACACUGGAAAGGUGUUAAAUUGGUGGAGGAGUGGCGGAGAGAGUUCUGGGCUAUCUCUGCCCAGGGGAGGAACCUCGACCACUCCUCCGGCCGGUCCCGGCAAUGGGACCUCAAAAACCUACCCACAUCCUGGUUUACACGUUCCACCUGCCCAUUACUCUCUGGGUGGUACCCCGAGGUAAGGCUCACCGAGACCCCCAACCGUUCCAUAAACGCCCUCCAAACUCUGGAGGUGAACUGGGGACCCCGGUCAGACACUAUAUCCUCGGGGACCCCAUAGUGCCGGAACACAUGGGUGAACAGGGCCUCAGCGGUUUGUAGGGCAGAAGGGAGACCCGGCAUAGGAAGGAGACGACAGGCCUUAGAAAACCGAUCCACAACGACCAAAAUGGUGGUAUUCCCCUGGGAGGGGGGUAGAUCGGUAACGAAAUCUACCGAGAGGUGGGACCAUGGUCGUUGUGGAACGGGCAGGGGAUGUAGCUUACCCCUGGGCAAAUGUCUAGGUGCCUUACACUGGGCACACACCGAGCAGGAGGAGACAUAAACCCUCACAUCCUUAGCUAACGUUGGCCACCAGUAUUUCAUGCUAAGACAGUGCACGGUCCGGCCAAUACCUGGAUGUCCAGAGGAGGGUGAUGUAUGAGCCCAAUAAAUAAGUCGAUCACGAACCUCGAGCGGAACGUACGUCCGCCCCACAGGACACUCGGGGGGAGUAGGGUCGGUACGCUGUGCCCGCUCGAUUUCCGCAUCGACCUCCCACACCACCGGAGCCACCAAACAAGACUCCGGCAAUAUGGAAGUAGGCUCGUUAGACCUCUCCUCUGUGUCAUACCGCCGGGACAGGGCGUCUGCCUUAGCAUUCUGGGACCCCGGGAUGUAGGUGAUCUUGAAAACAAAUCGGGUUAGGAACAUGUUCCACCUAGCCUGACGAGGGUUCAAUCUCCUAGCUGCCCGGAUGUACUCCAGGUUACGGUGAUCUGUCAGAAUGAGGAAAGGGUGUUGAGCCCCCUCAAGCCAAUGCCUCCACACCUUUAGAGCCUGAACUACGGCUAACAGCUCCCUGUCCCCAACGUCAUAGUUGCGCUCCGCCGAGCUGAGCUUCUUAGAGUAGAAGGCACAGGGGCGGAGUUUAGGUGGCGCGCCGGAUCGUUGUGACAGGACUGCCCCAAUACCGGUCUCAGACGCGUCCACCUCUACUUGGAAGGGUAAAGAGGGAUCCGGGUGCGCCAGCACGGGAGCCGAGGCGAACAGGUUCUUAAGUUUAACAAAUGCCCUGUUCGCCUCAGCCGACCACUGCAAACGAACCGGACCCCCCUUUAGUAGAGAUGUAAUGGGAGCUGCAACCUGUCCGAAACCCCGAAUAAACCUCCGGUAGUAAUUAGCAAAACCCAAGAACCGCUGCACCUCUUUUACAGUAGUUGGAGUUUGCCAAUUACGCACGGCCGAUACCCGGUCUACCUCUAUCUCCACACCAGACGCGGACAACCGAUAACCCAAAAAGGAGACGGACUCCUGGAAGAACAGGCAUUUCUCUGCCUUGACAUACAAGUCAUGCUCCAACAGUCUUCUCAACACUCGGCGCACCUGGGCUACAUGCUCGGCUCGUGUAGCAGAGUACACUAGGAUGUCGUCAAUGUAAACUACUACACCCUGCCUAUGCAUGUCCCGGAAAAUCUCGUCAACAAAGGAUUGGAAGACUGAAGGAGCAUUCAUUAACCCGUAUGGCAUGACGAGAUACUCGUAAUGACCCGAGGUUGUGCUAAAUGCUGUCUUCCAUUCAUCCCCCCCCCUAAUGCGCACCAGAUUGUACGCGCUCCUGAGAUCUAACUUUGUGAAGAAGCGCGCGCCACGUAAUGACUCCGUCAUCGUCGCAAUCAGUGGCAGUGGGUAGCUGUAUUUAACUGUAAUCUGAUUGAGACUACGGUAGUCAAUACACGGACGCAAUCCCCCAUCCUUCUUCUUCACAAAGAAGAAACUUGAGGAAACCGGGGAAGUAGAAGGCCGUAUGUAUCCCUGUGCCAAGGACUCGGCUAUGUACGUCUCCAUAGCCGCUGUCUCCUCUUGAGACAGGGGAUACACAUGACUCCGUGGCAGGGCCGCUCCAGUUUGGAGAUUUAUUGCACAGUCCCCCUGUCUAUGAGGAGGUAGCCGUGCUGCCCUAGAUUUACUGAACGCAAGUGCUAAAUCCUCAUACUCAGGGGGAAUGCGCAGUGCGGGCACUUGGUUCGGACUCUCUACCGAGGUCGCCCCUAAGGAAACACCUAGACAUCUCCCUACACACUGGGCAGACCACUCCAUAAGAGCCCUCUGUUGCCACGCUAUGGUAGGAUCAUGGGUGCUUAACCAGGGAAGUCCCAACACCACGGGGUACGCAGGAGAAUCAAUCAGAUAAAACUGAAUGAUCUCCUCGUGACCUCCCUGUGUUGUCAUCGUCAGUGGUGCUGUGACCUCCCUGAUCAAACCCGACCCCAACGGCCGGCUGUCUAAGGUGUGGACAGGAAACGGAGUUUCUACCGGCCGAAGGGGAAUCCCUAACCUACCACAAAAUGCCCGAUCAAUAAAGUUCCCAGCAGCGCCUGAAUCUACUAGCGCCUUAUGCUGGGAAUGAGGUGCCCUCCACGACCGCAGGUGGUGCAGGGGAUGGCUCCCCUCGGGUUCCCUCUCCUCCUCUCUCUAGCGCCAGCACCCCCGAUCUCCAUAGGAAUAGGCUCGGAGGUGCUGGAGGGCGAAAUGGACGACCCCCACUCGGGACGUCCGCGGGUGGCCAGCAGGGUGUCUAGACGGAUGGAAAUGUCCACCAACUGGUCGAAUGACAAGUUGGUGUCCCUGCAGGCCAGCUCACGACGAACGUCCUCUCGUAGGCUACACCUGUAGUGGUCGAUGAGGGCCCUCUCAUUCCACCCCGCAUCCGCUGCUAGUGUCCGGAACUCCAGUGCGAACUCCUGGGCGCUCCUCUUCUCCUGUCGGAGGUGGAACAGACGCUCUCCCGCCGCUUUACCUUCCGGUGGAUGAUCGAAGACAGUCCUGAAGCGGCGGGAAAACUCCGCGUAGGUGAUGGUUGCGGCGUCUAUUCCCCUCCAUUCGGCGUUGGCCCAUUCCAACGCCUUGCCGGAUAGACAGGAGAUGAGGGCGGAGACGCUCUCGUAUCCCGAGGGCGCCGGGUGUACAGUAGCCAGGUACAGUUCCACCUGUAGCAGAAAUCCCUGACACCCGGCUGCAGAACCGUCAUAUGCCCCCGGGAGCGAGAGCCGAAUACCACUGGGUUCCGGUGCUGAGAGAGGAGGACUGGCCGUUGGUGAUGGGAUAGUGGGUGAUGGCGUGGGCACCUCCCUAGUCACCAAACGACUCAGCUUGCUGGACACUUCGUCUAUGGCGGUCUCAAGUUGCUGGAACAAGAUGUCGUGAAAGCGUAUCCGUUCAUCCAGCAACCUGGAUGUCGCCACUGCUCCUGCUGACUCCAGAGUGGUGUGUUGUUCUGUCAUCUUGUGAGGUGGAUGUGGGGUGAAGUCAGGCGCAGGACACCGAAGCUAAGUCCAAAAGUUUAAUAAAGACAGAUCCCAAAAACAAGGCACGGCCUCUAAACAAAGGAGGCGGAAUAAUGCGCAAUUACGCAAAACAUGCGUAAAAUACACAGAACACAAAACCCUACACGAAAACACACACGACAGGCGAAAUAACAACACACAACUAAUCCAUACAAACACAGGGAACUUAUAGGACACCUAAUCAUCACAAAUCAGACACAGGUGCUAAGGACAGACAAAAGCAAUCACACAUGGAAUCAUCCAACGAUGGCAGCUAGUACUCCGGGGACGGCGAACGCCUUUGCCUGCCCGAACCAGGAGGAGGAGCAGUCUCGGCUGAAACCGUGACACUAGAGACACAAACCAACAUUGACAUGUUCUGGCUAUCCUUUCCAAUCUAUUAUUUUUUCCAUCUACCUAUUUUUCCCAACUAUAACCAGUCACUUCCAUUACUACUGCAGUGACUACCGCUACUUUAACUUAUUUCACAACCAUAAAUACCUUAAGACAAGCUAGCAAGAACACACAUUUUCUUUAGGAAAUUGACUUUUCUAUUUAUUCUUAUUUUCUCUUAGAUUUGGAGCAGUGGUGGUUUUUGUUAGACUGAUGUUCCAGCUCAACACACCAGUCCCCACUGAGGAUGAUGUCCUUAUUGCCUUCAACAAGCAACUAUAUAAUCAAUUCAACAUUCAGAAAAACACUCAAACCACCUUCCAGAAUGGAACUUAUAUCAGUGAGUUCAACAAAUUAGGCUUAUAUCAUGAAGACAUUUAUUUCCACUCUAUAACAUUUUUUAUAGAUAAAAACAUUCAACUGCUUCCGCUAUGUAUAUACUUCUUGAAUGUUUUCUAAUUUUUAAACUCCUAAAUUGUAGCAAUUCAUUUUGUCUGUUGCUAUAGUUACAAUUAUUUGUGUGCUCACAGAACUUACAGAUACUUCAUUUGCCGUCGAUCUUGGUUUCAAAAUAACCAAUGUAACCAUGGAGUCGCGAAGUAAUAGAAUCACAUUCACCAGUGAGACCUACAGCCAGAUACAGGAUUCAAUUAACAGCCUAGUAAGAUACUUUUAUACAUAAGAUACAUCCAUGGUCAUCUUCAGGUCAUGAUAGUAAUUGACAACUUGGUGUUUUCUCCCCUUUUAGCUCCGUGCUAUUCUUUGUAAACCAGACAGCAAACAGUUUGACUUUCCCAAGCCCGACUUCACGUAAGUACAACGUCAUGUCCGUGAACCAACCCAGCCUUCUCAACUCACUCUUUAGAAUGUCUGCAGAUGUCAUACAGCUGCUGUUUGUACAGCUAAACAGGAUGGAGGGAACAUGUUCAACUCUCACACAAAACCAAUUUUACGUUCACAGUACUGUUGGUACUCAAAUCAGGGCAGACGUGAUGUAUGUAUACAAAGAGGGAGAAAUCAACCUCCCUAGUGCUAUUCUAGAGGAAGUCUUAAAAGUCUCAGGUAUGCUGCUUUUGUUGCUAUUUCUGUUUUUUUAUUACAAUGAGUUAUCAAACACCAUGUAAAAUAUGUGUAAUACUCAAUCUCGAAAAACACGUUCACAUCUGUUGUACUGUAUAUGACAUAUUACAAGUUUUUAAUCAUUCUUAAAUGUAUUUUCAUUUAUAUUCUAGGUCUCCUUCCAACCACUGUUGCCCCAACAACUUACAGCACCACACCACUUCCUACCCUUUUGCUGACCACUCCUUUGAAUACCACAAGUGGUGGAGGUUUUCCUGGUUGGGCUCUGGCCAUUAUCAUCCCUUGUGGCAUCGCUAUCAUUCUGGUACCCCUGUGGAUCCUGCUAUGUGUACGUAUAGGCUUGUGUUCACUUGUGUACUGUGAAAAUACUCUACAAAGUAUAUUAUCAAAUAAGCUGUUCAAUCUCUGCAAUGAUAUUGAUUUAACAUGUGAAUCAUACUUCCCCAUCUUUGUUUUGCAGUGCAUGCUGUGUGGCUGCUGUGCAGCUGUAAGGAGACGCUGGCACAGACGUAGAUCUUACAAUGUACAGUACACCACCAGAAACGGCCUCUUCUGA